CGCUCAGUGCAUCGAUUAAUCUUCCUCCGUCUCCCCGAUCGUCCCUAUCGACGCUUUCUACACUCGACGCUGUCCGCAAUGUCCGAUUCGCCAUCACAGGCGGCUUCAACCGACUUCCCUGCAGUAACCCCGACCCCAGCGGAGGGUGCUGCUACGCUCACGAAGAGCGCAGAGAAGAAGCUUGCGAAGAAGAAAGAGAAUGAGGCCCGUCUCGCGCUGAAGGCCGCGAAGGCGGCCAAGGCUGCCGCCGCGGCGCCCGCUGGCGAGUCCAAGAAGGCGAAGAAAGAGAAGGAGGCCAAGGAGGAGGAGCCCGAGUUCGUGAACACGACUCCGAAGGGCGAGAAGAAGGACCUGUCCCAACCCAUGUCUAGCGGGUACAACCCCAUCGCGGUCGAGGCGGCUUGGUACGACUGGUGGGAGGCGCAAGGCUACUUCUCUCCCCAGCUCACCCCCGAUGGCAACAUCAAGCCCGAGGGCGUCUUCGUCAUGCCUUUCCCACCUCCGAACGUCACUGGGUCUCUUCACAUCGGUCAUGCGCUCACCGUCGCUAUCCAAGAUUGUCUGGUGCGGUGGAAUCGGAUGCUGGGCAAAACUACGCUGUGGGUGCCCGGGUUCGACCACGCGGGUAUCUCGACGCAGUCUGUCGUCGAAAAGAGGUUGUACAAGACCGGCGUGACGCGGCACGAUCUCGGUCGGGAGGCGUUCAUCAGCAAGGUGUUGGAGUGGAAGGAGGACUAUCAGAGUCGCAUCACCAACCAGAUGAGGAGAUUGGGAGGGAGCUUUGACUGGAACCGCGUGGCUUUCACGAUGAACGAGACCCUCUCAAAAGCUGUCGUUGAGACCUUCUGUCGAUUACACGAAGACGGCAUCCUCUACCGUGCGAACCGUCUCGUCAACUGGUGUGUACAGCUGAACACGACGCUUUCAAAUCUCGAGGUCGAUCAAAAACAGCUGGAGGGACGGACACUCCUGAACGUGCCCGGAUAUGAUAUCAAGGAGAAGUUCGAGUUCGGCGUGAUCACGUCCUUUGCGUACCCUAUAGAGGGCUCUGACGAGAAGAUCAUCGUCGCCACUACCCGUCCCGAGACUAUGCUCGGCGAUACGGCGAUCGCCGUUCACCCCGAGGAUCCCCGCUACAAGCAUCUCCAUGGCAAGUUCGCGAAGCACCCCUUCGUCGACCGCCGCAUCCCCAUCAUCACCGACGACAUCGCUGUCGACAUGGCGUUCGGGACGGGAGCCGUGAAAAUCACCCCUGCGCACGAUCCGAAUGACUACGACGUUGGCCAGAGGCACAAGCUCGAGUUCAUCAACAUCUUGAACGACGACGGAACUUUCAACGAGAACGCGGGGGACAUGUUCAAGGGCAUGAAGCGCUUCCAUGCACGCGUCAAGGUUGUCCAGGCGCUGAAGGACGCGGGGCUGUACGUCGAGACGAAGGACAACCCGAUGCAGAUUCCGAUAUGCAACAAGUCGGGGGAUAUCAUCGAGCCCAUACUAAAGCCCCAGUGGUGGGUGAACUGCAAGCCGCUAGCUGAGAAGGCGCUCGAGCGCACGAGGGCGGGCGAGCUGCUCAUCCAGCCCAAGUCGUCCGAGAGUGAGUGGUACCGCUGGCUGGAGGGCAUCCAGGACUGGUGUAUCUCGCGUCAGCUGUGGUGGGGUCACAGGUGCCCCGCAUACUUCGUGGACAUUGAGGGCCAGGAGCAAGACCGCAACGAUGGCAAGAACUGGGUCGUCGGCCGGACUUUCGAGGAGGCGACUGCAAAUGCCAAGAAGCUUGCGGGCGACGCGAAGUUCACGCUCGAGCAGGACGAAGACGUGCUCGACACCUGGUUCUCGUCUGGUCUCUGGCCGUUCUCUACCUUGGGCUGGCCAUCCAACACGAAGGACUUCGAGUUGUUCUACCCGACCUCCAUGCUCGAGACAGGCUGGGACAUCCUCUUCUUCUGGGUCGCGCGCAUGGCCUUGCUCGGCAUCCAUCUCACCGGCAAGAUGCCGUUCUCCGAGGUCUAUUGUCAUGCGAUGAUUCGCGACGCGCAUGGACGUAAGAUGUCCAAGUCGCUGGGGAACGUCAUUGACCCCAUCGACGUGAUCCAGGGUCUUGACCUCGAGAGCUUGCAUCGGAAGUUGUAUGAGGGUAACCUGGACGAGCGUGAGAUCGCAAAGGCAACGGCUGGCCAGAAGAAGGACUUCCCGAAGGGUAUCCCGCAGUGCGGCACGGACGCGCUGAGGUUUGCGCUCUGUGCGUACUCCGGUGGAGGACGUGAUAUCAACCUAGAGAUCCUGCGCGUGGAGGGCUACCGUAAGUUCUGCAACAAGAUCUUCAACGCGACGAAGUUCGCGAUGUUGAAGCUCGACGAGACGUUCGUCCCAGAGCCCACGGCUAAGCCCACGGGCAAGGAGAGUCUAGUCGAGAGGUGGAUCUUGCACAAGCUCAAUCUCGCUGCAGAAGAGAUCAACCAACAACUAGCUGAGCGGAACUUCAUGAACGCUACCGGUGCGGCGUACAACUUCUGGCUGUACGAGCUGUGCGACGUUUACAUCGAAGCGAUGAAGCCCAUGACGGACGAGCCGGCGUCGGAGGCUACGCGCAAGUCUGCACAACAGACGCUUUACACGUGUUUAGAUCACGGUCUUCGUCUCCUGCACCCCUUCAUGCCAUUCGUAACGGAGGAGCUCUGGCAGCGCCUCCCACGCCGCCCCAACGACCCCACGCCCUCGAUCAUGCUCUCGAAGUACCCCACCUUCGACACGACAUACGAGUUCCCUCAGGCCGAACACGAUUUCGACCUUGUCUUCUCCGCCGUCAAGUCGGCUCGUGCUCUUGCUGCAUCAUACAAUAUCCUCCAGAACCUCCAUGUGUACAUUCGUGCUGAGAGCGAUACGGAGGCGCAGCUUUUCCAAUCACAGGUCCCGACAUUCCUCGCGCUCACGAAGAACUUGAAGUCCUUGGAGGUCGUUCGUAACAUCAACGGCGUUCCCGGAGGCUGCGGAUCUGAGGUCCUCACCCCGACUGUUUUCGUCAACGUGCUGGUUAGAGGUCAAGUGGAUCUGGACGGCGAGAUCAACAAAUGCGAAAGGAAGCUCGCACUAGCGAGGAUGAACUUGUCGAAAAUCGAGAAGGUUGAGUCGCAGGCCGACUACGAGUCGACUGUUCCCGCAAACGUGCGCUUGGCCAACGGAGACAAGAGGAGAACACUUCAGGCAGACGUCGAACUUCUGCAACAUUCAAUCGAUAUGUUCACAAAGAUGAAAUAGGAGGAUGUCUUUCUCUUAUGGUCCUAGUUGACCAGCGUGUCGAUCCCAGUGCUGCAUAUUCGUCGCGUAUACUGACGGAUUGAUCUCAAUCUCAUCAUAUUGACUCGUCAAAUAAAGCGCAUUGCCACGACAUAGCUUACCUCAAGUCCUUCGAGACACUGUCGCGUUAAUCACAUCGUUAAGCGACGAAAUGCGAGGAGUCAUGAUGAGCAGGCCAUUGGCCGAACAAGACUACGGAUGUACUCUCCUCGCCCCGCAGGUCUCUUGAGCGCUAUCGAGUCAAUCCUAAAGU